UGUGUGGUACACAGUAAAAGCGAGGAGCUCGAUAACGCGGAUAUAUAGCUCGGUGAAGUCAGCUGACGCCAGGAUGCAAUCGGCCGUCGCUCGCGGACUGUAAUGCCAAUCGCCCCGCUAUCGCGUGAGACCGUAAGGAUCGCAUUCGCGGAAGGAAGCGCGCGUUGUUCUCUCGUCUCGCGCGACCCGUGAACCGCGAGUUGGGUGCGCGAGGGAUUCGUGUGAAUUUCGGUACUGGCCAGUGGAGCAAAUAGGAGGCCACCAUGCCGCUCAGUGCAGAUAUAUCCACGGCGCUCCACCUGCUGGAGCACGUGCAGGAACGGGUGGACGACUGCGACGAUCCCAAGCUGCAGAUGCACACGACGCAGGAUCUGAAGUCGCUGAUCACGCUGCUGGAGGACCCGGUGUUUCGCAGCAUCGUCACGAUCCAGGACUCCCUGAUCGAACUGAACACCCAGCUGACGCACCAUCCGUCUAUCCUGCCCGGCGACUUCGACAUCAACAUCAGCGGGCAGCUGGAGCUCUCAGUUCCGAGUACUCCGGUGCAGCCGCUCGGGCCGACCAUGUAUCAGGAUCUGUACCAAGACAGCAGCGAGCUGGAGGACCAGAGGGUCCCCGUCGCUCCGUUACUGCACAGCAGCAGCGAGGACACGAGUGCACAGGUUACCAGCCCCAGUCUCGUUUCGGAAGUUAUGGGAAUGCCGCCUAUAACCACCCCUACUUACGCGAAGGAGUUCAAAAAGGUCAUCGAGGCUGCAGCGAAAGGACGACAAAUAUUCACAGUGCAGUUGUAUAAACCGGAAGGAACCAGUUUGGGAUUCAGCGUGGUCGGACUUCGGAGCAAGGAUAAGAACGAGCUUGGCAUAUUCUUACAAGAGAUACAACCGAACGGCAUCGCUGGCUGCGACGGUCGACUGUUAGAGGGAGAUCAAAUAUUGGCGAUCGAUGGGCAGCCCCUAGACUCGAACAUCUCCCAUGAGCAGGCGAUCUCGAUUCUUCAGAAGGCCCGUGGUCUGGUUGAGCUAGUCGUAGCAAGAAGCGCCCAAGACGUUGGGAGCUCUUUGCCAACGGAUGAAUUGUCCGGUGGUUCGAGUUCGACAGCGGCCGCAGGAGCAGCGUCGUCCAUCGUCGGCGGCGGCGGCGGUGGUGCCGUUGCUGGGAACAACCAGACAGGCUCCGACAAGGAUCAAUCGGUGUCAGCAUCGUCCACCGUCGUUACACCGGGACCGACCCCGAAGUCAAGCCAACCGGCCAGCACCACUUCGGCGGCGACCCCGACGCCCACGAAUACGCCAACACCCACGCCGACCUCGACACCGGUACCCGGAGGCCUCGUCAUCGAAAGGAGCCCCUCCGCCGUCAGCGACGCCUCCAAGAGUGGCUCUGACAUGGUGUUGAAUACGGAAUGGGCUCAAGUUGAAGUGAUAAAUCUCAUCAACGAUGGCAGCGGUCUUGGAUUCGGCAUCAUCGGCGGGCGUAGCACCGGCGUCGUCGUCAAAACCAUUCUUCCAGGAGGCGUCGCCGAUCGCGAUAAUCGACUCCAGAGCGGGGAUCACAUAUUGCAGAUCGGCGAUGUCAAUCUCCGUGGGAUGGGAAGCGAACAAGUUGCCGCGGUUUUACGGCAAUCGGGCACCCACGUGCGGCUGGUCGUCGCGCGACCUGUGGAGCCAACUUCUCCCGAUUAUCAGGCCCUCGGAAGUCACGCCCCGAUCGUACCCACGAAAAUCCUUGGGGAUCCGGACGAGUUGGACAGACAUCUGGUGCACAGCGUACCGGAGAGCUACAACAUGCGACACGUGCAGAGGGGCGAUACCGGCUACGAUAACGGCUACAUGUACUCGCAGGAGUCCGACAUUGAAAUGCACGCAAGACCCGGUCUCAUCAUGGACGUGGUACGCAACCCAAUGCCAAUUGGAGCGAUGCCAGUUAUACCGGCGGUGCCACUUCCGGUGCAGCUCCAGGACCUCCCGGUGCUCACCAUGGAGCCCCUCGACAUUAAUUCACUGCCAGAGAUGGAGCGCUUCGAGGUCGAUCUCACGAAGGACGCUUACGGCCUCGGGAUCACUAUCGCUGGAUACGUUUGCGAGAAAGAAGAGCUCUCUGGAAUCUUCGUUAAGAGCAUUAGCGAGGGUAGCGCGGCCGACUUGAGCAAUAAGAUCCAGAUUAACGACCGAAUAGUGGAGGUCGACGGGCAUUCCCUGCAGGGUUACACUAAUCACGAGGCCGUCGAAGUGUUAAGGCGUACAGGGCAAACGGUCACCCUCUGCUUGGAGCGAUACCUUCGUGGACCAAAGUUCGAGCAGCUUCAGCAAGCGAUUGCCGCGAGCGAAUUGAGAUUACCUCAGCCGAGUUCACCGUCGAUAACGAGCCUACCCAGUUUCCCCAUGAGCGCGGACGGAGAGACCACCACCGAAAUAGAGCCGGAAGGUGAAUCUCACACCACCGUGGAUAGCGCGGUUCUGCAGGAAGGAGAACGUUUAAGAACGUCCGACGAGCAGGACGAGGCGGCCAACGUUGAAGCGCUGUUGAGCGAUCCAUCGAGCGAGCUCACGCCUCAAAUUCGCGCGGCAAUCAAAGCGAAAUGGCAGAAGAUCGUCGGGCCCGACACCGAGAUAGUCGUCGCCCAGUUGAAAAAGUUCGCCGAAGGUAGCGGUCUCGGGAUUAGCUUAGAGGGAACGGUCGACGUGGAGAACGGCCAGGAAGUAAGGCCUCAUCAUUAUAUACGUUCGAUCCUGCCGGAGGGCCCCGUCGGACAGAACGGCACGCUGCGCUCCGGCGACGAGUUACUAGAGGUAAACGGCUACCGUUUAUUGGGCAUCAAUCAUAUGGAAGUGGUUAGCGUGCUGAAAGUGUUGCCUAUACACGUCCGCAUGGUUUGCGGAAGAAACAUCGCCUCGCAGGAUCCACUUUGCCCCAUCGACACCGCUCAACAUCAGGCCGCCUUCCAGACCAGAAGCAUCCUCGGUGGGUCUCUGCAAAACUUGUUGCCCACGAUGGAUCGCCUUGUGAAAGCAAAGUCGGACGGUUCCUUGGCUUCGACGACGACCACGGCCACGGUGACCGACGCGAGUCUGAAUAAAAUGAAGUCGCGCUCGUUGGAACCGCUAACCGGUCUGGCGAUGUGGAGUUCCGAACCGCAAAUUAUCGAAUUGGUUAAAGGAGAGAGGGGCCUUGGGUUCUCCAUUUUGGAUUAUCAGGAUCCAAUGAACCCCAACGAAACUGUGAUAGUAAUACGAUCGCUCGUGCCCGGCGGGGUGGCACAGGUCGACGGGCAGUUAAUACCGGGCGAUCGGCUUCUGUUUGUGAAUGACAUCGGAUUAGAGAAUGCAACACUGGACCAGGCCGUGCAGGCCCUCAAAGGCGCCCCGAAAGGGACCGUUCGCAUCGGCGUGGCCAAGCCGCUGCCAAUACCAGACAGUAUUGUCCAGAGGGUAACGCCGAGGAUCAAACGGAGCAAAAGUUUUCCCAACGAGAGCGAGACGACCGAUCACAUGGCCGAGCUUGAAGACUUGCUUUCCUCGAGAUCAGGACUCACCGAAAUCUCGACGAAUAAACCGGAGGUCGACGAGGACGAGGAGGAGGACUGGAAGGACGCGUCUCCGAUCACGCCGAUCUGCAGUCCGGCCCGGCGGUCUGGCAAACACUAUCGCGACAAACGGUCGCCCACCAGAUACGUCGACGUCGACAACGACGUCGAGAUCAUUCACGAAUUCUAUCCUACGACGUCCAAGACGAUGCGCGAGGAGACGAGCAUCGUGUCGUACGGCGGCACGAUAAUCGUCGAGACGACGAGGAUACCCAGGCACACGAAGGAUGUGCCGACGGAGAAGGUGGCGCCGAAGGUGAAGUUAAAGAAGCAAUCGUCCCUGGAGCUGGACCGCGUGCCUCCCGUUCAGGAGGAGCCGUCCUCCAGCGCGGAGGACACGUCCAGGGUGACCGCGAGGCCGGCGCGGGAAGCGGACCAGGAACGCAGGAAGAGCCUGAAGCGUCACAGCAGCGCGGAGUCCGAGGGGCGAACGUCCACGUCGAAGGAGACGCUGGAGAAGUCGGACACGUCGUCGGAGAAGGGCGCGAAAAAGAAGAUCUUCGCGGAGAAGGGUGACGGUAAGAAGCAUUCGAAGAAGUCGGGAAGGAAGUCCGUCAAGACCGAGCAGAAGGCGGAGGAGGACUCGUCGAGGCGGAAACCCGAGGGCGAGGAGCCCGCGCGGAAAGACGAGGAGACCUAUCGACGAUCGAGGGAGGAGAGGAAGAGCCUGAAGGAGCAGGAGUGCAUCGAGAGGGUGACGGAAUUCCUGACGAGGCACAGCAUUCCGUCUUACUCCGACGUGAGCGUCGGCCUCGAAGCGCCCGCCGCUCCUCCCGAGGUCGCGGACGAGCAACCAGAGCAACGAGUCAAACGUCCAUCAGUUAUUAGCAAAGAAGAAGAAACGUCCAUCGUGUCGACGAAGAGGAAAGGGAGCCUGAAAAGCGUAUCCGGGAUGGUGGAGGAAACGAGGGACGCCGAGAGACUCCCGGAGAGCAAGAGGCAACGGCCGACUCUGGAACGAGCCGCGGCGACCGUUUCGGAGAUUCGGCAACCCGAAACGGCGGUUCAGCAACCCGUAAAGCGACCGAGCUCGUUGAGAAAAAGGAGAGACUCCUUCUCCAGAGAGUCCUCGAGGGAAUCGUUGCUGGAGGAGAAAAAGGGAGUCAGGAUUCAAGAGGACGUACAGGAGAUUUUUUACGACGACACGAGCGAGCAGAUAACCGAUCUGCUGCCGGAGGUGCAGCUGGUGACCGCGAGGAUCAUUACGGCGGAAGAGGCGUCCGCUCUUCGCUUCGAGGAGGCGGCCGCCAGAGUCGUGAUCCAUUCGCCACCGGAAGUGUAUCUCGUUCCCGAGACGGUUAAAACGAAGCUGACACGGGCGCCGUCGCCGGAAAUCGCCGACGUCUCGACGCUGCAGCUGCCCGCCUUGGCGAAGUCGACGUCGGAGAGCACUUUGGCGGAAGGCAGGCCCAGCUCCGACGAGGAUCGCAACGUCUCCGUGAGAAAUCUGAGGCCGGAGAUUCUCUGGGAUCUGUCGAAGGUCUCCGAUAACGGCGUGGUGACCGAGGAGACGGGCGAGGACGGUAGAGACGUCAAGGAACGGCGGCUCAGCAGAACCGGGAGCGAGGGCUCGAAGAGGGCCAAGGAGCAGAAGCAGGAGCAAUUUCCCUUCAAAAUCGGCAGCCUCGCGCAGCCAGACAGACCGGAACUGACGAUCCUGCACGAAGGUCCCACGGAGAGAAGGGAAAGUGUCGGAGAGGUUACGAGAAAGGAAGGCGCGAAGGAAGACGAUGGCAUCUCAGGCGAGUUCCAAGUUCGACGCGAGUCCAAGGGAUCCGUCCGCGUCCCGAAGGAUCUUGCGAUUCCGCCGCGGGAUUCCCGAAGAGAGGAACAAAAGGGGCCAUUAUCGCGACAAGAGGCCAAGGAGGAGGCAAGGGAGGAGGCGGGCGAUGAACGGACCCCUACGCGGGAGAAACGUUCGCCGUUGUUGGAGGAAGUUAUUUGCAAGCACGAGGAGGAUCUGAUCUGCAAGGAGCACUCGCUCCAGUAUCAGAGCCAGACACUCGAGAGCCAGUCGGACUAUCUGUUUCACGAGGUAUUCGCCUCCUCGUUGGAGGACCAGCUGGAAACGGUGCCCGAGAGUUGGACCCGCGAGGUUUACGAGGAGAGCCUCGAGAGGGUCGAGUGGAGCUUCAAGGAGACGCAGUACUCGCCCAAGGAGAAGCGCGAUGUGCAGACGCAGACUGUCCAGGAAUCGAAGAGCACGCAGUGCAGCCCCGAGCAGAGCGUGACGAGCCCGUGCGAGGAGCCGCCCAGGAUCAGCCCCUUCCACAUCGGCCAGCGGUACUUUCAGAGUCCCAGACGGGAAGUGCAGACGCAGACCCAGGGCGAGAACAAGAGCGUGCAGUGCUCGCUGGACGAUCUGGGUGAUCUCGCGCGGAGCGACGCCGAUCAGGAGUCGAAGAGCGUUCAAUGCGUCCCGGAGGACAUCUCCACGAGAUCGUCCGACAGGUCGAGAUCCUCCUCCCGCGAGGACGUCCUGCGCAGCCCGCGGCGUGAGGUCGAGGUGCAGACCUACCAGGAGUCGAAGGCGAUCCAAUGCAGCGACGACGAGCUGCUCGGCGAGGCUGACGAGCAAACGAGCGCCGAUCGUCCGGAGCACGCGCGUCAGAGCAGACCGGCCAGCUCGACCUCCCGGAAGACCGAGAGCUCGCCGUCGUCGAGCUCGAGUUCGCCCCGCAAGUUUCCAACUGUCGUCUUCGUGGAGGGCACAGGGGACAUGACCGUCACGCACAGGGAGCACGAUGGCGACGUCACCUGGUCGAGGCACUGGGGUCCCGAGAGACUGGUCGAGAUAUACAGAGAGCCGCAGAGCACCAGCCUAGGGCUCAGCAUCGUUGGUGGAAAGGUCGAUCUGCACAACGGCGGGCCUAGCAAGACGCAGAACAUUUCCGGAAUAUUCAUAAAGAAUGUCCUGCCGAACAGCCCGGCCGGUAGAACCGGCGGUCUCAAGAUUGGAGAUAGAAUAAUUGAGGUGGACGGCGUCGACCUGCGGCAGAGUACGCACGAGCGUGCGGUGCAAGUUAUACAAGCUGCCGGAAAUCCUGUCAGCCUCGUCGUCCAGUCCCUCGUGAAUCUGAGCCCAGAGCACGGCGGCGCCGUCCAGGAGGAGAGGGAUACCAAGGCCCGGAGGCAGACCGUCAAGAGUCACACGUCGUCGUCGUCCUCCGGCGUCGGUCCUGGAACGCCGACGGCCUCCUUACGUCAUAAACCACCGCCGGUUUCGCCCGCGAGAUCCAUCACGCCGGAAGUGAUACAGCCAGGAUUCGAGGACGGCGUUCCGCGCGGGGACGCCCAGAAGCAAAGUUCGGAUGGCUCGACUUCCGGUGCGCGAAGAUCCUCCAUGAAGAAGUCAAUUCGAAAAACGGCCCCGUCGCCACCCGUGAACCCGGGUAUCCUUCGCGAGGUCAGCGAGGAACGGGAGGAUCACGCGCCCCCCGCGCCCGUCGCACAGCCCGCCGCGAAGGCUAAGUUCUCCUCGGACGAGAGCUCGGACGACGAUGAGGAGGACACGCGCUUGCUGGAGGGAAAUGUCUACACGAAGAGCGGCAUCGAGAUCUCGCGGAAGAGCGCCGGAAACGUGAGGCGCACGAAGGAGGAGAUCGAAGCGGAUCCGGAGAAAGAGGACGAGUUCGGCUACACGGCCAAGAAGAUACAGAAGAAGUAUCAGAGGCUCGGGCAUAAAGUGCUGAUGGUCACCAUCGAGAAGGACCGACGGGGAUUGGGCAUCUCUCUGGCGGGGCAUAAGGACAGAAACCGAAUGGCGGUGUUCAUCUGCGGUCUCAAUCCGAAGGGUGCAGCUCACAAGAAUGGCGGGCUUCUCAUCGGCGAUGAGAUAUUGGAGGUGAACGGCUACGUAUUGCAAGGACGAAGUCAUCUGAACGCUUCCGCUCUUAUCAAAGGCAUGGCCGGUACUCUCUUCAAAAUCAUCGUUUAUCGACGAUCGAAGGCUGUCGACGACAUCGCCGUAAAGCCGAUAGUCCAAUUUCCACCAACCUUGGAUGACGUUUUUAUAGACUACUCGAAAUACAAAGGCGUUCGUGACGUGCGAGUGAAGAAGAGUCAAUACGGCCUUGGCAUAAUGAUCAUCGAAGGAAAGCAUCUGGCUGUAGGGCAAGGGAUUUUCGUGUCCGACAUUCAGGAAGGCAGCGCCGCGGAACAGGCUGGAUUGCAAGUGGGCGACAUGAUCCUGGCUGUUAAUCUGGAUAGCUUAUUAGGACGCACGUACGAUGAGGCGACGGAAUUAUUGAAGAAAGCGGAGGGCGUCGUCAAGCUGGUAGUUUGUAAUCCUAACGAAAAUAAAGAUCAGAAGGAGAAAGAGAAGGGUAAGACUCAGGAGCUCAAGGAUGAUUCGUCAACCUCGGUUGCACAGAAGACCCCGCAAAAGGGUGGAGCGUCAGCGACCGGCAAGGAACCCGACGAGAAGAAGGUCCGGCAGGAUCCAAAGACUUGCAAGAUCGACGUCGGCGAGGAGGCGACGAUAGAGUUUCAGAAGGAGAAGAACCAAGGUAUAGGUUUCUACAUCGCUGGCGGUUCUAACACUCCUUGCAACGGGGUGUUCGUUCUGGACGUAUCUCCCGAGGGGGCGGCUGGGAAGGACGGUCGGUUGCAACGAGGCGAUCAGAUUCUCAGCAUAGGCAACGAAAGCUUCGCGGAGAUAGAGUACGACAAAGCUCGCGAGACGGUCCUGAAGCAAGCUGCUGGGAGUAUCACGAUGACGGUGUUGCGCCACGAGAAACCAGCCGAGGAAUACGAGGUCGAGAUACAGAAGAAGAGCGGCAAAGGAGCUGGUCUCUGUUUCGCCGCGUUCUGGAGCAACAAGGGGGUGUACGUGAAGGAGCUGACAGCGGGCGGUCAGGCUAUCGAAACCGGCAAGAUCUGCAAGGGUGAUCAGCUCGUGGCGAUCGGCGGACUGGACGUACGCGACGCCUCCCUGGACGACAUCGCCUUUCACAUGAAGAUAUCUAAUCCGCUGCAAAUGAAGCUAGCUAGGUACCAUUCCGCCAAACAAUGACAGGGUUCUGCGGGCGGAAUUCUCAGCGUGUGUCCCGACGUGCGAAGAAGCGCCUGCAGACACCGUGGAUUCUAGUGUGAUAUACAUACAUAGGUAAAAUAACGUCUCGAGAUAGACCGUAUAAGAGUACCUUUGUUACGAGAGCCGCGUGCAGCAGAAUCGCGCGGCUCGCUCUAUUUAGUUACACGCCAGCGUCGCCAAUCGAUCUUGCCGUUCGAGCUCGCGGACUCGCGUGCGACACGAGACGUGAGACAAAGAAAGAGAGAGAGAGAGGGAGAAGUAGACCGAAGAAGAGACGGAGCACGAGAGAGAAAGAGAGAGAAAGAGCGCGAUGACUCACAAACGUAUCACAUCAGUCCGAAUCCAAGGACCGGCGGAGGAGAGAAUUUUUGUAACCAGCUUGUAGAGGGUGUAUCAAGUCGAGUGAAAUCCCGUCGAUCGGCCGUCGAUCGAGUCCGUCAAACAAUUCCGUCUGCCGAGGCUCGCGCUCGUGCAAGUAGCCGAUACGAAGUAUCUUAUAUACAUACACUCACACACACGUUAUUGUAAUUAUAUAGCGAGAUAAUACGUAUUAUUGUCGAGGCGAGAGUUCAAUAACGGGAAUUCGUCUCGUUCGGCGGAUAUAGGAAGUCGUAAUGCAGAUAAAUCGAUAAUAACUCACGAGUCUGCAAUCAAGGCUCGCGAAGGGAGGGGGGAGGAGAGGGGGAGCCGCGGGAUCGUUCAGAUCUGGUCCGUUCUCUUCGGAUUACGCCGUUCCCUCUGUAUAUCCCCGAUACUACAAAGUCGAAUCCGCUUAUACAUUUCGUACCGCAUUCUCGCGUGCAUAUACACUUUAAGGCAGGCAGAGAGAUAAGUAGGACCGAUUGUAGCGCGCGUUUUCUCAAUACGGCGAAGUAUUUUCCCUCUUUUCCCUUUCUUUUUACGAUAAGACUCUAGUCCAAGCCCCGAGAUCGACGUUCCGGCGUUUCCCGCCUUAAUUAUCGCUCUCGCUCGCGUCGCGGCCGCUCCCGCCGCCGUUGCCGUAGCGUUAUUAUACUGUCGCAUAUUGUAUUUUUAAUAUUAUUAAUUAAUUGAUAAGAAGCACACACGGGACGAUGUACGAGCCACGUCGAAACAAAAAAAAACGCGCACGUGUCCCGCGACUUUGAUUGGCGCUCAUAUCAACACAUCAAUCGUUGUGAAAAGUCUUUCUCAUGUCCAAGCUCGCGUAAAAUAAGACAUACACCAGUUUGGUAAAAUUCGUAAGUAGAAUUUUACGAAACGCCGAGGUUAAUCUACAAAUCAAAGCCGGAAUUAUGUAAUUACAGCGAGAAUUACGGAUAUAUCGUUUCGAAGUGGCUCGUACGUCGGCAUAGCAAUCGGUGUAGAUCGCCUAAAGAACAUUAGAGGUGAGAGACAAGGGGAGGCACAUACGUACACACACAUACACAUCCACCUUCGAGCGUAGACCGACGAACACGGGGAGCGGUCGCGUUGAAUGUCGAAACGUCGAUCGAGAGGAUCAUUUUUUAGCUGUAAGUGCUUGGAGACGCGCGCUCGAGAUCAUCGCCCGGCGCGCCGAGAUCUCGCCGUGCAACAGUCGCGAGGGUUUGUUCCCCAGCGGACGGCGGAUAAUAUCAUCCCGAGUGUUCAAUCGUUUCCCUGUAUGCUCUUGACCGCCGUCGAGCGCACGGCAGGCGACGCGUCGAAAAGCUAGACUGGCUUGUCAAGUACACAUAUAGUUAAAUUAAAUCCUAUCGUGUAAACUAGUCCUUACAACACAUAGCUUAGAGAUUUUCAGAAAGAGAGAAAACAAAAAAA